AAUCUGGAACAAGAACCGCGUGGCGAGGCAGCCCGGUAUCAGAGUACCAGUAACAUCAACGAACUCGGUAUCGACGGGAGUCUCUUCAGGACUUCGGGGGUCUUCAACAUCGUCUCCACGCCACGCCAAGAUCCGCCGUCGCAGAGAAACGAGGGAGAGUCGUAUACGACGAAAGAAGUUUCUCCUUCGAGAAGAGCAAACUUGGAAAAAAAGACUUCCAAACACGUUAGACUGCACAUUGAGACUGAAGGCAAGCUCUUGAAGAGGCUCUCGCACGACCGGAUAGAAUUAAUAUCAAUAAUAAACCUAAACGUGAUCCGAGUAUCGGCGAAUGUGGAUCUUCAAGUAUCUGGACUCCUGGAACUUUUAGAGGACUCCUUUUUCUACAACCUCGAUUGCGAUUCUCCGGACCUCGAGGGAAACGUUAAGAUGACAGGCAAAACAAAAUCGCUGAUCUUGUUCGCGUUGCUCCUCUUAAGCAUCCUGAGCGUCGCCGACAGCCAAAGUUUAAUCUAUAAUAAGUUUAGGAUCAGGAUGCAGAAACUGUGCUCCCGGCAACUAAGCGAUGCUUUGGCCCUGGUGUGUCGGACACGCGGCUACAACGGGCCGUUUUCGUACAGCAACGAGGACGAGUCGACAGUCGAUUCCAGUGGAAGUAUCCUCGAGGAUUGCUGCUACAACCAGUGCAGCAUCAAGCAGCUCGAGCAAUACUGCAACCCCCUACCCGAGGAGGAGGACGCUACGUGAGUGGAUGUUAGUGUUGUUUUAUCUUUCUUUUCUCUUUUCUUUCAUUCAAUUAAAUUCUAUUUAUGACUCUUGAAAAAAUAAUUCAGCUUUGAUAUAUUUUGUUGAAAUUUUAGCACUCCCUUUAAUAUCCAUAUAUCAAUAAAAGAAUUGUGUGCAUCCCUUGCUUCGUUAAUACACACUUUUGAAAAGGCAUUUAAAUACAUCUCGAACGCGCGAAAAGAAAUUGUAAUAUCGAUGUUUCGGUAAUGAAUAAUCGAUAAAUUCUGUUGCUGGUUGAUUAAUUCUACGCAUAAUCGUAAAAUACGUAUAGUUUAUAGUACACAUAUUCUGUCGUAAUAGAUUCCGAUAAAUAUAUUUAAAAACGGAGAAAGAGAGAGAGAGAGGAAGAGAGAAAGAGAAAGAUGAGACUCUAAAUACGAUUACGUAUAAGCAGCUGAUUAUACGUAACGAGCUUAUGUAAUUAUUUAUUGAUACUGAAUCAUUUGUCUCGCACGCUGUCAGCUAAUAGGUGAUCUGAGUAUCAGUGCUUAGAACGAUAGACUAGAGAUUGUACUCUCUUGAAAAGAGCAAAUUGCCAAUAUCGAAGACCAAUAGAGAGAGAGAGAGAGAGAGAGAGAGAGAGAGAGAGAGAGAGAGAG